AUGCGUUUCUCGACCGUCUUCCAGCUUGGUGCCAUCGCAGCCCUCGGCGCCCCUGUGCUCGCCCAGCAGCAGUCCGCGACCAACAACGUGGCCGCAGUCGGUGCUCGCGACCUGGAGCAGCCCAUGAUCCUCGAGGCCCGCCGUGACCCUGGCCUGAACGCCUUGCCCAAGCGCCCCAAGAAGAAGGCACCUACUACGGCUCCGGCUACCACCCCGGCCAAUUUGCCCCCUGCUCGUGGGGCUGGUAGGGCUGCCGCUCUUCGCAACACGCAUCCCACCUUUGGCCAGCAGCAGAAGCGCUCUGUCCUCGAGGCCCGCCGCGACCCCGGCCUGAACGCCCUGCCCAAGCGCCCCAAGAAGAAGGCACCUACUACCGCUCCGGCUACCGCUCCGGCUGACGCUCCGGCCGCCGCCCCGGCCAACCUUCCUCCCGCUCGUGGGGCCGGCAGGGCCGCCGCCCUCCGCAACAUACUUCCCACCUUCGGCCAGCAGCAGAAGCGCUCUGUCCUCGAGGCCCGCCGCGACCCUGGCCUGAACGCCUUGCCCAAGCGCCCCAAGAAGAAGGCACCUACUACCGCUCCGGCUGCCGCCCCAGCUACGGCUAACCUUCCUCCCGCCCGUGGGGCCGGCAGGGCCGCCGCCCUCCGCAACAUACUUCCCACCUUCGGCCAGCAAGCCCCUCCAGGUCCAGUAGAGAGAGUGUACUGA